AUGCUCUACUACAGCGGAUACACUCGCAGAAUAGGAGAUGUCGACGAAGGGUCUACUGUUACGGACUUCCUACCCGCAGAGAGGGCACGUGGCAUUACAAUACAGUCAGCAGCCAUCACCUUCCAUUGGCCUACACCAGUAGAUCAGCCAGUCCCGCAGCAGAUCUCCAAGCCGACGAAGAAAUUCAAUAAUUCUGUAGAGGCUCCACCUCUGGCAAGGUCAUCAAUACCGCACAAUAUAAAUCUCAUAGACACUCCAGGCCAUGCGGACUUCACCUUUGAGGUUGUGCGCUCGCUCCGGAUCCUGGAUGGCGCUGUGUGUAUCCUUGAUGGGGUUGCCGGUGUAGAAGCGCAGACAGAGAAGGUCUGGACGCAGGCUAACCAUUAUCGGAUACCGAGGAUCAUCUACGUCAACAAGCUCGACCGCGAUGGCGCAGCUUUCGGUCGUACGGUGAGGGAGAUCGGAGUUCGCCUGCAUUGCUGGCCUGCUGUCUGCCAAGUCCCUUGGUGGCAAGACGGUAACGGCAAGCUAGUUGGUGUAGGCGAUGCCGUCGGGCUGAGGGCUUUAAGAUGGCAGGAGGGCGGUGAUGGUAAGACUGUGCAGGUUCUCUCCCGAAAGGAACUUUCCGCAGAGAACCCGAAGCUGGUAGGAGAAAUCAAGAAGGCCAGAGUUGCCCUUGUCGAGCUUCUGAGCGAGCAUGACGAUGAAAUGGUGGAGAAGUUCCUCGAAUACGGCGAAGACCACCUAGCCAUCCCUGCAUCGGACAUCACAGAAUCUCUCCGCAAGUGCGUGCUACAGUAUCCGCAGAGGAUUGUACCAGUGUUUGCUGGAGCCAGUUUCCGUAACAUCGGCGUGCAGCCCCUUCUUGAUGCUGUAGUAGAUCUCCUGCCGUCACCAGAGGAGCGUCCGGACCCUGAAGUACGUGUCGGAUCCUCACAUGGUGGACUCCAAGAUCUUCUUUCAGGCAGGAUCUCACUUGCGCAAGAAGUUGCUGAGACACCAGCGAAGGGUAAGAACGCUGUCGCAGGCCGGCCUGAUAAGAGCACUGUCAUGCUGCAAAAUCUCGAGGCCUGUGCUCUCGCGUUCAAAGUCGUCAACGAUGCCCGUCGAGGAGUCCUUGUUUAUGUCAGAGUGUAUUCGGGAUCCCUUGCACGUAACGCGGCUUUGUACAACACGAACCUCCAUGUAACUGAAAGGGCGCCUCGGUUGUUGAAGAUGUACGCUUCCGAUGCUGUUGAGAUACCAGCUAUACCUGCCGGCCAGAUUGGUGUCAUCGUUGGACUGAAGCACGCCAGGACGGGCGACACGCUGAUCUCCUACACUGGGGUCAAUCCGAAGGUUGGUCCGCCGGCGCCUAUCAACAGCCUUCAGCUUCGACCUAUCAACGUCCCACCACCAGUGUUCUUUACGAGUGUGGAACCGAACAGUCUUGCCGAGGAAAAGCACUUAUCGGAGACGCUAGCCAUUUUGUUGCGAGAAGACCCUAGCUUGAACGUGUCACUCGACCCAGAGAGCGGUCAGACACAUCUGGCUGGUAUGGGUGAGCUUCAUCUGGAGAUCGCUCGGGACAGACUCAUCAACGACUUCAAAACCAAGGCUGCAACAGGUGCUAUUGAGAUCAGCUAUCGCGAAGCGAUACUCUCAGCCACUUCGCUACAUACCGAGCUGGUGAACCGGGAAGUGGCGGGCAAACCAUCCCAUGCAUCCUGUACCGCCUCCGUCUCGCCCACAGAUGUGUCCGCCUCAGAGGCGAGCGAUCAUCCAUACGAGACCAUCGUGCAACUGGACACCAAUCAGUUGAUUAUACAUCAUCCCACACUGACCCGGUCUGGAUUGCCGGUUUCUUCGGAGCAGCCCCCGCUCCCUGUGACCCUACCGUUUACAGCAGUUAUCGCGGCUUUGACCAGCGGCGUAUCGGCAGCUCUAGCGCGUGGGCCAGCUCACCGUUAUCCCAUUCAUUCUGCUCAGGUUAAUAUCUCCUUUGAUCACACUAGAGACGUCUUCGCGGACACAACGCCAGCGGCACUGUCCAACGCAGCCCGCCUAGCCGUCCAAGCGGCGCUCAAAGCAGCUUCGGUAAAUGGAGGUUCCGUGCUUAUGGAGCCGGUAAUGAUGGUUACGAUUGCUGUUCCAGAAGGCGACCUGGGAAGUGUGGUCCAAGACAUCAGCUCUGCAAGAGGUGGUCAAGUACUGUCCCUCGACGGGGAUACAGCUGCUGAGGACUCCGAGUCGGAUGGCUCUAGUCCCCCAGGCGUGGAAGACUUCCGAAUCGUCAACCCCAAGAACAUAUAUGCUCCGCCUGAUCCUUUUGAAGGAAACAUGUCGGACGAUCAUGCAUACCACGAUUUUGGUGCGGGAGCGGGCAAGCAACGCCAGAUCACCGCACGCGUACCGUUAAAGGAGAUGAUAGGGUACCUUAAGCACUUGCGGUCGCUGACUGGUGGACGUGGUACAUUUGUUAUGACGGUGGAUAGGUUCGAGCGGAUGAGCGCGCAGCGCCAGAAAGCAGUGCUAAAUGAGAUGAGCGGAGGUUUUGCAUAA